AUGCUGAGAACCAGUGUGAGGUCUCCGCUACUGUACAGAUGUCUAUCCAAGAGGUUUCAAAGCACUGCUGUGCCAUUAUCUUCGAAAGCAGUGCAGAAUGAUUUAGAAUUGACUCCAAAGCAACAGACUAACAGUUCGACGACAACGUCAACUAAUAUACCUCCGCAACUUCCAGUUAAUGUCGAGGCGUUGUACUACGCUCCGUUAAAGAACCCAGUCACACAUGGUCACCUGGUAGCAGACUUGCAACUGCGUGCCUAUGACAAUGAAAAUUUGGAUUUCUUCUGCGAUUUCAUACUGAGAGCGGGAUACUACUUGGGCUUGCCUAUGACUGGGCCAAAACCUUUGCCAACCAGGCGUGAAAGGUGGACUGUGAUACGAUCCCCUUUCGUACAUGCCAAGUCCAAGGAGAACUUCGAAAGGCACACCCAUAAGCGGCUGAUCAGGGUGUGGGACUCCAACCCAGAGGUUGUACAGAUGCUUGUGGACUAUAUCACUAAGAACUCCAUCGCCGGUGUAGGGUUGAAAUGUACUACUUAUCAGAGAACUACAGUCGACGCAAAAAGUGGGAAAAUAUCGGAUGCAAUUGAAGAAAUUAACUCGACACACAACAUAAACCCAUCUCUGAAAGAAAACGAGGAGAUCGGUGCUAAAGUUGUGGAACUCCUAAACACCCCAACCUUUAAAAAGUAUCUGGAAGAGAAAUAG